CGUGGUUUCCGGAGCGGAUCGGAACCCGGAGCGCGGAUCCGAUCCGGGUCUGGCCAUUGCCGGGGCAGGUUUAAAAAAUGGCUGAAGAUGGCAGUGAUGAGAUUAUGUUUAUUUGGUGUGAGGACUGUGGGCAGUACCAUGAUUCAGAGUGUCCUGAGCUGGGCCCAGUGGUGACAGUCAAAGACUCCUUUGUCUUGAGCAGGGCAAGGUCAUCUCUGCCUUCUAAUUUGGAGAUAAGACAACUGGAAGAUGGGACUGAAGGAGUGUUUGCUCUGACCCAGCUGGUGAAACGCACCCAGUUUGGCCCAUUUGAGUGCAAGAGAGUUCUCAAGGUGGAAAAAGAAUCAGUUUUUCCCCUGAAGGUGUUCCAGAAGGAUGGGCCCCUGGUGUAUUUUGACACCACAAACGAGGACGAUUGCAACUGGAUGAUGAUGGUGCGACCGGCCACCGAGUAUGAGCACCAAAACUUAACUGCCUUCCAGCAUGACAAUGACAUUUACUUCACCACCUGCCAGGAUAUCCCGCCAGGGACUGAGCUGCGAGUGUGGUAUGCAGCUUUUUACGCCAAAAAAAUGGAAAAGCCAGUGCUGAAGCAGGUCCCUAGUGUUGCCAAUGAUGUGUGCUUGGCAGUGAUGGAAUCUGAUAAAGAAGGGAAUAAGGUCUCUUCAAAACCUUCUGCUGUCUUACCCCAUAAAAAAACGAAGAAAUCCAGCAUAUCAGCAGCUGAUCCAGCAGUGAACACUCCGGAAGGCAGUGGAACAGCAGAAGCAAAGCCCAGCCAGUGGAUGUGUAAAGUGUGUUCAUCUGCUUUCCAGGAGCCUCAGCUGCUGACAGAGCACUUGCUGAGUCACCUGGAACAAGCCAAAGGUGCCCCCCAGCCCAGCCCAAAUGAUGCUGUGGCAGAGAAGGCAGCAGAGGCUCCCCCCACGGACCAGCCAGAGCCCAGUGAUGCAGCCAGUGCCAGCACAGACUCCAGGAGAAAGGCCAGGAGGGGGAGAAAGGCCAAAACACCAAAAGCAGAAGCACCUCUUGUCGUUGAUGAAGAGAAAGAUCCCGCAGUGGAACAUGUGGCUGACAUUGUAACUGAGCUCCCUCCAGAAGAGCUAGCCCUGCCUCCACCUGCAGAGGAGAGGAUUAUGGAUUUGGUUUUAGGAAAGAUGCCUAGCACCACAAAUAGCAUCAGUUCAGUGACAAAUAGGUUUGCUCAUCACCAAAACACCAUGUCCCUCAAAAGAAGUUUAAUUCUCUCUAGUAGACACAGGAUACGGCGGAAGCUGAUAAAGCAGCUUGGGGAGCACAAGCGGGUCUAUCAGUGCAGUAUCUGCAGUAAGAUCUUCCAGAACAGCAGCAACCUCAGCAGGCACAUCCGUUCUCAUGGUGACAAACUGUUUAAAUGUGAGGAAUGUGCAAAGCUGUUCAGCAGGAAGGAGAGCUUGAAGCAGCACGUUUCAUACAAGCACAGCAGAAACGAAGUUGACAGUGAGUACAGGUACAAAUGCACCACGUGUGAAAAGGCCUUUCGGGUAGAGAGUGCACUGGAAUUCCAUAACUGCAGGACAGAUGACAAGACUUUCCAGUGUGAGAUGUGUUUCAGAUUCUUUUCUACAAACAGCAACCUUUCAAAACACAAGAAGAAGCAUGGGGAUAAGAAGUUUGCAUGUGAAAUCUGCAAUAAGAUGUUCUACAGGAGGGAUAUCAUGCUAGACCAUCAAAGAAGACACUUGGGAGGGGUGAGGCGUGUGAAAAGAGAAGACUUUGAGCACAGCACGGAGAACAUGGUUCGCUACAAGAAGGAGCCUUCGGGAUGCCCCGUGUGUGGGAAGGUAUUUUCAUGUAGGAGCAACAUGAACAAACACCUUCUAACACAUGGAGACAAGAAGUACACUUGUGAAAUCUGUGGACGUAAAUUUUUCAGGGUGGAUGUGUUGAGAGAUCAUAUUCAUGUCCAUUUUAAGGACAUAGCCCUCAUGGAUGAUCACCAGAGAGAAGCAUUCAUUGGUAAAAUUGGAAUCUCAUCAGAGGAAAAUGAUGACAACUCUGAUGAAAGUGCAGAUUCUGAGCCUCACAAGUAUAGCUGCAAAAGGUGCCAGCUGACUUUUGGCAGAGGGAAGGAGUACCUGAAGCACAUCAUGGACGUGCACAAGGAGAAGGGCUACGGCUGCAGCAUCUGCAACCGGCGCUUCGCCCUGAAGGCGACGUACCACGCGCACAUGGUCAUCCACCGGGAGAACCUGCCUGACCCCAAGGUGCAGAAAUACAUCCACCCAUGUGAAAUCUGUGGAAGGAUUUUUAACAGUAUAGGAAAUCUGGAAAGACAUAAGCUUAUACAUACAGGUGUAAAAAGUCAUGCUUGUGAGCAAUGUGGCAAAUCAUUUGCUAGGAAAGACAUGUUAAAAGAACAUAUGCGAGUCCAUGAUAAUAUCCGAGAAUACUUGUGUGCAGAGUGUGGCAAAGGAAUGAAGACAAAACAUGCACUUCGUCACCACAUGAAACUUCACAAAGGGAUUAAGGAAUAUGAGUGCAAGGAAUGCCACCGAAAAUUUGCACAGAAGGUCAAUAUGCUGAAGCAUUACAAAAGACACACAGGAAUCAAAGAUUUCAUGUGUGAGCUCUGUGGGAAGACAUUUAGUGAGAGAAACACAAUGGAGACUCACAAGCUGAUUCAUACAGUAGGAAAACAGUGGACAUGUUCAGUGUGUGAUAAGAAGUAUGUCACUGAUUACAUGCUACAGAAGCACAUCCAGCUCACUCAUGAUAAGGUGGAAGCCCAGAGCUGCCAACUGUGUGGGACAAAGGUUUCUACCAGAGCCUCCAUGAGUCGGCACAUGAGGCGUAAACAUCCAGAAAUCCUUUCAGUGAGGAUUGAUGAUUUAGAGCAGCUGCCAGAGACAACUACCAUUGAUGCCUCUUCGAUUGGGAUUGUUCAGCCGGAAUUAGCCUUGGAACAGGGCGAAUUACCAGAAGGGAAGCAGCACAUAAAAGCUCCUAAACGUGGCCAGAAACGAAAACAAAAGUCGGGUGAGGAGGAGGAAGCUCAAGUGCCUGAGGACCCUGCCUUCAGUGAAUACACAGAGAAGGAAGGUGAAUUCACAGGGAAUGUUGGAGAUGAGACUAAUUCAGCUGUACAGAGCAUCCAGCAGGUGGUGGUGACCCUCGGCGACCCCAACGUCACGGCCCCUUCCAGCUCUGUGGGGCUCACAAACAUCACCGUCACCCCCAUCACAACAGCAGCUGGGACCCAGUUCACAAACCUCCAGCCAGUGGCCGUGGGCCACCUGACUGCCCCGGAGCGCCAGCUGCAGCUGGACAACUCCAUCCUCACCGUCACCUUCGACACCGUCAGCGGCUCCGCGAUGCUGCACAACCGCCAGAACGACGUUCAGAUCCAGCCCCAGCCAGAGGCGACCAACCCCCAGUCCGUGGCCCAUUUUAUAAACCUGACCACCCUGGUGAACUCCAUUGCUCCUCUGGGGAACCAGAUUUCGGAACAGCACCCCCUGACCUGGAGGUCAGUGCCUCAGACUGAUGUCCUGCAGCCCCAGGCGCCGGCGACGCAACAGCAGCCGGGGCAGCAGCCGGUUCAGACAGAGCAGCAGCAGCAGAUGUACAGCUACUAAUUUAUAACUUUGGGAAGUUUUGAAAUGGACUGUACUCAGAGACAAAACAAACAAACAAACAAAAAAAACAUUGGAAAAUUUCUAAUAGGAUUGUUUGCUGGAUACCAAACAGAGACGGGAAAAUGUUUAUACAGUGAGGUGUGAGGUAAAAUUGGCGUAGCACCCUGCAGCACCCCGAUCUGAGAUUCUCAUGCUGUCUCUAGACCUUGCACUGUCUUAACAGAACAAAAAAGGAAAAAAAAAUCUCACCACAAAUUCAGCAUCCCCUUGCACUUGUGCAGUAAGAUUGAGAUUUGACAGGUGUCAAAUCAUCAUACACCUUAACCAAAGCAGGGAAAUCCUAAAUGUUACGGCACUUGUGAUGUACAAAAGCCUUUCAGCCAUACCAUGUCACUUCUCUGCAGUCUGGAAGUGAAAUGUGAAGACCUUGUUCACAGUGAGUGGAAUGUACUUGUGGUCAGCUGGUAGAGACUGAGACGUGAAGACACAAAUGGGCAAAACAAUAAUUGUCUUUGUUUCUUGUUUUCUUUAGGUCUUGUAUCUUAACAACACUGGUAAACUAGGUGGAAUUUGGGGCUUUGGGGUGGGCAUGAGUGUGGUGUGGAAGAAAAUAUACCAAUUUUACAAAGUAUUUCCAUUUUAGUCAUGGGAAAAACCCUGUACCCAUCACACAGUGUUAGUGCUACUUGAAUCAGAUAGCUGGUCUGAUGCUAAAGCAACUUUUAGGGUCUUCUAGUCAAGUUUGAAUCAAACCAAUUACAAACUGGAAAAAAAAAAAAAAGAAUGUGAUACAGUUUUAUGUAAUUUUUCAAACCUGCUCUUUCAAUCUUGCUUUUAGCUAAUAGGCCUGAAGAGCAAUCAGUCCCCUUUGAUCAAGUUCAGGAUGUGAAUUUUUUUCAAUUCGACUUAUUUCAUCGUGUAAUAAACAUUUGAGAAAGCAUUCUUUUUAUAUAUAUAUACAUACACAUAUAUAUAUAUAUAGCCUUUGUACUUUACUGUGUGUUCCUGGUGAAUAUUUGUGUGAAAAACAUUGUUGCCAAUACGAUUCAUUGAUUUUUUUUCAUCCCCAUGUUGCCUUUUCUCACGGAAAUAACAUAUGGAUUCUAUUCCUUCUGUUUCCAGAAGUAUUUCCAAAAUCCAUGGCCACACACAGGGUUGUGUGACAAGGAAAAGGGAAUGUCUGAAGCAUUUUCUGUGUGCUGCCACAUGGAGUCAGUGUGCCCCAGUGUAUAACGGGCAAGGUUUGCAUGACUGUUGGGGAUACAAAUAGUGGGUUGGGUCAAGGGCAUCCUUGCUGACACUUCACUCUCAUUCCAUCCUCCAUACAUUGAUGUGCAGUCUGGACUUUUGCAUGUCAAGAAGAUAGUACUGUUCCCACAGGAAAAAAAAAAGAAAAAAGAGCUGAUAGCAAAAAGGAAUAAACUAAAAAAAAAAUAUAUAUAUAUAAUAUAUAAAAUAUGUUGCUACCUGGAAUCCUGAAAGGCAAAUCUGUCCUUCCAGCUGAAGAACAAGGUCCUUUGGGGCAGCAGACUGAGCCACGGAACCUUGCUGGGGAUUCUUGCUGAGGAUAAAGCAGCUGCUGUGUUUGACAGAUGGAUUGAUGGUUGUAAAAAUCCUGUCUGUGCCUAUCAUAGUUAUGAAAAUGUUCCAUGUAUUAGCAAAAAUACAAAUAGGAAUGACUUCAGCUUUGAAAGUCUCUAUUAACAUGGAGUACUUGACCCCUAAAGGAUGCCUUAUGAUCUCUGCAACAAAUUCUUCCAAAGUAUAAAUGUCUGGAUAUUAAAACUAACCUCCAGUGUUUUUUUUGGUGCCAUAGCAGUGUCCAGAGCCUUGCUAUGCCAGGCCCUGUGUAAAGCUGCAGGACAUGUGUAAGAAAGGGGUUUCUGGUGACAGAUUUUGUGUGUCAGAGGAGCAGAACUACUUUUCUGUAAAUGUCAAAAAGUCUACAAAAUGUCUGCAUGGGGGAGACCUGUAUUUGAUGGGACAAGGAUACAUAUCAGAAAGAGAAAAUACCUUUUAGUGGUGUGGGAAAGAGAAUUUUUCAUUCCCUACCCCGUUCUGUCUUCCUCAGAUACUUUUCACACAAUAUCACAAGAUGCUGUAAUGUUUUAGACUCCCAAUAUCCCAAGAAGUAGACUUCUUGGAUUAUUUCACCACUGGCUUGAGCUAAUUAAGUUUAUCCUCAGCUGUCUUGUCCACAGAUGCUUCCCUUUCACACUAAACCUGGUGGGCAAGAGGAAGCCAGGUUUUAUUUACAAAAUAUGCUGUUUAUGUACUUGAAACUUCUUUUUUUUCCCCUGUGUUUGGUGCCUAAUUGGUAAAGGCAUGUUAUCUUUUGGCAGGGUACUUUGGAGAGAGUGGGGAAAAAAGGGAAGGCAGGCAAAUGGAGAGGUCCUAGAUGGAGCUGUUGUGGUAAAUAAAAGAUGGCUAACAUCUAAAAAGAUACAUAUAUAUAUAUAUAUGUACACACAGAUGGAGGGUUACAGUGCUGCAUAUAGAAUUUCUACAACAAAGUUUUGUUUAGACAUACGUAAAUGGUGAUUAAGGUUUUAGCUGGGAAAAAAAAGAGGGGUUUUGCCUUAGCAGAAUCCAUCUGCUCCAUGUUAAUACUACUGACAGUAACACUGAUGCUGCACUGAAUCAACCUGCAUCAUUUUAACACAUCAUUUCCUGUUUGGUAAGAAUUGCACAUGGAGGUAAUGGACCACUAGAGACCUCUCUGGCCUUACAAAGCCUCUUUACCCUGAUGUGGUCCAUUGUACUCUUCUGUACUUCUGUGGGGCCUGGCCUGCCACCCACACUACCUGGCCUUCGUGUUCCCACCCAGGCAGGUGGGAUCUUGCUUUUCUGACAGGGAUUGAUUCCAGCUGAUUUUAGAAGGAAUGAUCACACAGUGAGUGCUUGCAUGUUGGUGGGCACUUAGAAAUAUCCCUCAUUAGUCUCUCAGUAUCCUCAAAAUCAUGGAAUUGGAAGGCACCUCAAAAGAUGAUCUGGUCCAGCCUUUUUUGGGGAGAGGGAGCUUGGAUGAGGUUACAGAUUCAUGGAAUCAUCAUUAUCCAGCACCCUGUCCAAUUGCAUCUUUACAAUCUCCAGUGACAGGGACUCCACCACAUCCCUGGGGAGGUUGUUCCAGUGGAUGGUUGUUCUUACUUAGAAAUUAUCUUAAAUAAUAUUCUGCUUCAGGAAGGAAAAAUAUAAGCACUGGAAGGGCUUUGGCUGUGUCAGGCAAUAGAAAGUUCUCUGCAAGCUGAUCUUCCCAGAGCACUCCUUUGAGACAGGAGUGACUUUUCCUGCAACCCUUGCUAUGGUACCUCAUCAUCUCUCAGCAUGACUUUAUUGUUACUACUGUUAUUGGCAUCCCUACGAGAACACAACUGUGUCUUGGGUGUGCUGCACCACGAAAACAUUUCAGAAAAACCUAAUUCUUGUGUUUGCUUUUGUUUCAAAUUAUUUUGUUUGGAGAGGUUGGAAAUUGCUGCCUUUUCAGACACAGAGCUUACCCUGGACAAGCGAGUGACUCUUGUCCAGCUGCUCUCCCAGCCCAGCGUUUUUCAGGUGGAUACCAAAGUUGUACCGAUGCUGUUUUCAAACUGCACAAGAGACAAAAGCUCCGUUAAGGGAUGUGCAAUCCAAAUUUCCUUUGCCCAUUUUUUACCUGCCUCUUCAGCUGUAGGACCUGAAGGUUAUUUGUUUUCAGCCACCGGUGUUGGGAGAUUUUUGCAUAACAACUGUUCAGUCGAAAACUGGAAUUACUUGGAGCCAAAGGAGUGAUGUUGUGUAGUGUUCUGUGUAUUGUCAUUGUUUACUGCUGAGACUGUUUAAUUGAAUGCUGUCUGUGGCACACAGGCUCU